AUGGCCGAUCAAGAAACUGCUGGUUUAAGUGCUGCUGAAUUAAAAAAGAAGCGAACAUUUCGUAAAUUUAUAUUUCGUGGUGUUGAUCUUAAUCAAUUAUUAGAUAUGAAUAAUGAACAAUUAAUGCUAUUAUUACAUUGUCGUGCACGACGACGUUUAUCACGUGGUCUUAAACGUAAACCAAUGGCUUUAAUAAAACGUUUACGUAAAGCUAAAAAAGAAACACCUGAAUUAGAAAAACCACAAGCUAUUAAAACACAUUUACGUGAUAUGAUUAUUGUACCUGAAAUG